CGCCGAGGGGCAACGCGGGCCCUGCCGCGGGCGGAACGGGCUGACACCGGGCUCAUCGCCGCCGCCAUGCAGCGAGCGCGCUGACGGCUCUGCGCCGGCUCCGGGCUGCGCGUCGGGAACUGCUCCGCGGGCUGCCGGGGGAAAGGUGCGGCGUCCUCACGGCCCCGCGGCGAAUGCGCCCUCCGCCAACAACGGCACUUUUUAAGGAGCCCUCCCUGGCUCGGGGGCCAGGAAGAAGGAAUUCACCGGGUGGCAAUCGGGAGGAAGGAAAACGAGCCACGAGCAGGAGGAUUAAGCAGCGGCAGCUGAAGAAACCGCCCGGUGCCUCUCCUGACAGGCUGCGACGCGCAGCGCUUCCAGACCCCCGUCGUAAACGAAUGGGGCGGGAGGGGGAGCCCAGAGGCAUAAACAAGGAGCGCAGGACCUAAUUUCUUCCCCUCCCUUUCCUCACUGGCUUGCCCGGGCUCGCCAGUAAAUCCAGCUGGGCUAUACGUCGCGAUGGGAACGUGCUGCCAAGGAGGCUGCCUUCCCGUCGCUGAGGACGCUGCCUUCCCCGCACUGAGGAGGCUGCUGCUGCCGCCGGGGCUGCCUGCACACCACUGAGGACGCUGCUGCUGCUGCCGCCGAGGUUGCCGUGCCCUCUCUGAGACAGCAGCAGCUGCUGCCGCCGAGCCUGCCGUGCCCUCAUUGAGGCGGCCGCCGCCGCUGCGUUACAGGGAGAGAUUGUGGCGCUGCGACAGGGGAGGACGGGGCUCGGCGCGCAGGGGGGAGGCGCGGCGAGCAUGCGCCGCCCGAGCCACUGACUGGAUCCUCAGCCAAGGUACCGAGGCGAAAAAAAAAAAAAAAAAAAAAAAAAAAAGGAAAUUGAAAAAAAAGGAGAAAGGAAAAGGAUUGAGAGAAAGAAGAAUGAAUGACGGUAGUGGGGAAUAGAAAAGACCGCCAGGGUAAAGCAGCCCCCGGUCGGCGGGAAGGAGCGGCUCUGGCAUGUGGGGAUCUCCGACACCAACAGAUAUUUUGAUGGCAUGACAAAUCAGAAAGAAGAGGAUGUACUGUAUGACUAGACACAAGAUCAGUUCUGUUUGUGGAUUACAUUUUCAGUAAGAUGUAUGGAUCUAUUUUUUCCUUGUUCUUAAAUAUAGAUCAUGAGACUUGACUGAGGCAAUAUACAUAUCAUCCAUCCAUCUAUGGCGAACUACAGCCAUGCAGCUGACAACAUUUUGCAAAAUCUCUCUCCUUUAACAGCUUUUCUGAAACUGACUUCCCUGGGUUUCAUAAUAGGAGUCAGUGUGGUGGGUAACCUUCUGAUCUCCAUUUUGCUAGUCAAAGAUAAGACCUUGCAUAGAGCUCCUUACUACUUCCUGUUGGAUCUUUGCUGCUCAGAUAUCCUCAGAUCUGCAAUUUGUUUCCCUUUUGUUUUCACCUCGGUAAAAAAUGGCUCGACGUGGACGUAUGGGACUCUUACUUGCAAAGUGAUUGCCUUUUUGGGGGUUUUGUCCUGCUUUCACACUGCUUUCAUGUUAUUCUGCAUAAGCGUCACGAGAUACUUAGCUAUUGCCCACCACCGUUUUUAUACGAAGAGACUGACCUUCUGGACUUGUUUGGCUGUUAUCUGUAUGGUGUGGACUCUCUCUGUAGCCAUGGCUUUCCCCCCAGUUUUAGAUGUGGGCACCUACUCAUUCAUUAGGGAGGAAGACCAAUGCACUUUCCAGCAUCGUUCCUUCAGGGCUAAUGAUUCAUUGGGAUUUAUGCUUCUUCUUGCCCUUAUCCUCCUAGCCACACAGCUUGUCUACCUCAAGCUGAUAUUUUUUGUUCACGAUCGCAGGAAAAUGAAGCCAGUCCAGUUUGUUGCAGCAGUGAGCCAGAACUGGACUUUCCAUGGUCCUGGAGCGAGCGGUCAAGCAGCUGCUAAUUGGCUGGCUGGAUUCGGAAGGGGUCCCACGCCUCCAACCUUGCUGGGAAUCAGGCAGAACGCCAACACCACAGGCAGGAGGAGGCUACUGGUUUUAGACGAAUUCAAAAUGGAGAAGAGAAUCAGCAGAAUGUUCUACAUCAUGACAUUCCUCUUUCUGACCUUGUGGGGUCCCUAUUUGGUAGCCUGUUACUGGAGAGUUUUUGCGAGAGGGCCUGUAGUACCUGGGGGAUUUCUAACGGCCGCUGUCUGGAUGAGUUUUGCCCAAGCUGGAAUCAAUCCUUUUGUCUGCAUUUUCUCCAACAGGGAGCUGAGGCGCUGUUUCAGCACAACCCUUCUUUACUGCAGAAAAUCCAGGUUACCAAGGGAACCUUACUGUGUUAUAUGAGGGAGCAUCUGUAAAUCUUUAGCCUUGUGAAACACUACCAUUCUCUGCUAAGCAAUUGUGGCCUGUAGCCAUGUCUUGAGGAGAAAAUCAAGAAUGGGACGUCAGCAGCUGUAAGGAUUUGGGCAACAUUCUGCAGUCUCUGCAAUAGCUCACCUCUAAUCCUGUUUUAAACCUAAACAUGUUCCUGCUGACCACUGCUGAAGGUUUGUAAUUAAGAACAAAGGACUGAACUACUGCCCUGAAUUCCUUUAUGUGGUUGAAAUCUAGAUUAUGAAAGUAGCAGGUGCUAAGUAUCAGUGCUAAAUGCUGUGUAUAUCACUACAUAAAAUAAGAACAUCAAAAAGAUUAGCAUUGGACAUCUUAAUAAAUUAAGUUGAUAUGAGGUUAAUGUGUUGAUAAAACUAAUUUUAGACAUCUGAAGACCUUUAAAACAUUUCAUACAAUUAUUAUUUUGCAAAGACUGAAAACUGGGGACUCAAGUACUGUAACUGAUUAAAGAUGUGCCAUGCAUUAUUGGAUUAUCACACUUACAAAUCUGUUUGCCUUGUGAGUAAGUUUUGGGGAGCAUUCCAAAGCAGUAUUUUUGUUCGAUUUUGACUUUAAUUUUUUUUUCUCCAAAUAUAUUACUCUUUCUAAUUGCCAUUUUCCUUAACAGUGAAAUUACUAACAUUUAACUGUAUUCUGUGUUUUUUGCUGAUUUGGUAUAAAGUUUAAUAGACUCUUAUUUAUAUUUUUUAAAAAGCUAGAUAUCAGUCUGUUAGGCAACGUUAAUGAUAAUAUCCAGUCAUAAUUGAACAGUUAUAAUUAUACAGAAUAAACACAUGUUGCCUUAAAGGGUUAUCUAGUAUCUUCCAUUUUGUUUAGCAUUGAAACAAAUAAGCAAGGAAAAUUGAAUCAGUAACUCUGGUCAGUCAUUUGGGAGUGCAUGAAAGAUCACUUAGUCCUCUUUUUUCCUUUUUACUCCAAUGGUUCCCAAAAUCAAUAUGCACAUCACUGGGAUUAUAUGAUUUUUUUCUAGGUGUGCCGCCCUUUCUAGUUUGUUCUGAGAAACACAGGCAGUUGAUGUAUGUUUAUAUUUUAAGACAGCUGUCAUGGGGAGACCGCAGCCUUAGUAUGAUAUCUUGCACAAUUUGUGAAGCAUUUAUUCUACUGAAGGCACAGUCUUGUUUAUAUUUUCUGCACAUUUUGGUGUAUUGGUUGUUUUAAAUUAUUUAAGUUUUAACUUGUGAAAGCAUAUACUAUGAUUUCUUAGUAUUUUAGAAAUACAUUAGAGUCUGUGAGUCUUUCCUUCUUUAAGAUACAGAUGUGUGGAUUUCAAUAUAAAGUUGCAUUUGCCAAAAUUUACCUGUGUAGCUUGUUAAUUUUCUUGGAAUAAAAUUUUACAUUUUUCCAGU